AUGAACUACGUCUCAAACCACGUUUUACGAGGUGCUGAUAAAGCUGGUGAAAAUUUGGUGAAUACUGGUGAAACUAAAUAUAAUAGCCAAUGGGAAACUCAAGUUGAAGUUAUGGUAAAAAUUUAA